CACAAAUACUCCGUGCAUCCUUUCUCCAUUUACAUAGUAUUUUCCAGUUAGCAGUUUUAGCUCUACGAAGACGAAUCACUGAUUCACUGAGUCAACAGGAAAUUUGUGAACUUGAAAAGUAUACUGUGAUUUUUGGAUUGGGAACAUGAUUUUAGGACCUUAAACCCUAAAUCUUAUUGCAUUUUCAAAUGCAAACUGUUAAGUCACCUUUCUCAACUUCCUCUCUAUACAAUUUUCUCGCCAAUGCUAAACAUUUAUUCAAUUUUGCUAUCUUCUCUUCACUUGCCCCAACUUCAAAAGUGUUGAAUCCUAACCUUUUCCAUUACCUCAUAAAAACCGUAAAAUUAUCUGAAACUCAAGCUCUAACGAUCUCUAAUCGCUACUCUCAUAUCAAGUCGACUGCAACCCCGCAAUCUGUUUAUCAGUUUUUCCAAAAUCUUGGCUUCUCCGAUUCCCAUAUUCGAUCUGCUAUCCGUGUAUCACCGCAAGUUCUGUUUAGUACGGUAGACAAGUCUCUCAAACCAAAAAUUAAGUUUUUCCAAGAUUUGGGUCUUGUGGGUUAUGAACUAGGUAAAUUCAUUUCCAAGAAUUCCACAGUUCUAACUGCUAGUUUGGAGAAAAAGUUGGUUCCUCGAAUUGAAAUUGUGAAGAAACUUUUGUUGAAUGAUGAGGAGAAUAAGGAUUUGCUAAAAGUUUUGACUAGAUGUUAUUGGAUUAUCUCAAAAUACCCUGAAUCGAGGUUGGUAUCCAAUGUAGCAUUCUUGGAGAGUUGUGGGAUAGUUGGGUCUCAGUUGUCAAUGUUGUUGAGGAGGCAGCCUCGGUUUUUUCUUAUGCAAGAAUCUGCGCUCAGAGAACUUGUUUCGAGGGUUGUGAAUAUGGGGUUCUCAGUAGAUUCAAGGAUGUUGGUUUAUGCUUUAUACACUGUUAAUUGCAUGAGUGAUGAGACAUUUACUAAAAAAGUUGAAAUCUUGAAAAGUUUUGAGUUUUCAGAGUAUGAAUGUAGAGAAAUGUUUAGAAAACAACCAAAUUUGCUAAGAUCUUCAGAAAAGAAGUUGAAGUUGGGAAUCGACUUCUUUUUGAACACAAUCAAGUUUAAGAAGGAAGUGUUAGUUUAUAAACCUACACUAUUAAUGAUGAGCAUUGAAGAAAGAGUAAUUCCGCGAUACAAAGUAUUGGAGAUUAUCAAGUCAAAAAAGCUAUUGAAGAAACAGCCUAGCUUUAUCAAUGUGCUAAAUUUGACAGAGGAUGAGUUCAUGCAGAAGUUUAUCGCCAGAUUUCCAAAUGAGGCAGUUGAGUUGUUGGUAGCUUACGAAGGUCGUACUCUAGAAUCAUUUUCUGAAAAAGAAGAGGAGGGAGAAGAAUAAGAAAACUCUGGAGCAAGUUAGCUUUUUAAUUAGUUUUGAAGGAGCACAGUGACUUGUGAAGAUGUAGAGGACUCUUCCUUCCAGACCAUUAGUUCAUUGGUAAGUGCUCUUUGUGUUUCUGGUUAAAAAUCUGUUAAACGGGCCGCCACUUAUCUAUAGUUAUACAUUCAUGUAGUAAAUUGUUAUAUGAAGUCAAAUUGUAGUCCUAGUCUUAGGGACAAAUUUUGGAAUAAAAUUCUGUUGAGCAUUCAUCAAUGACUGACUUGGAUUUGGUAGAUCUCUCUUGUAUUUGUUUCUUUCCUGAAGCUAAUAGAAGUGCAGAUUCGCUUGUGAA